AUGACGAAGGAUGAUGAAGCGUCGUCCUUCGUCUGUUCUUCCCGAUCUGAACGACAAAGGGUCAUCCUUCGUCGUCCUUUGCAGUCGAAUGCGUCGACCGUCGGUGGAUUAAUUAUAAUAAUAACCUCAUUUGUUUUAAUUGAUGUGUUAUGCAUUUAUUCAGCUGUGGAGCUGGGGCUUCCCUUGAUCCCUGCAUACUCUGAAGCUUCUGGAGAUCAAGUUCUUCAUGGAGUCAACUAUGCUUCUGCCGCCGCGGGCAUCCUUGACAUCACCGGAAGAAACUUUGUGGGCCGUAUACCGUUUAGUCAACAAAUAAGGAACUUCCAAAAUACUCUGGAUCAAAUUACUGGUAAUCUUGGGGCAACUGAUUUGUCCAAGGCUAUCGCAAGAUCUAUAUUCUUUGUAGGGAUGGGGAGCAAUGACUACUUGAACAACUAUCUCAUGCCAAAUUACAAUACCAAGAAUGAAUAUAAUGCUCAACAAUAUGCUGAUCUUUUGGUUGAACAAUACACCCGCCUGUACAAUCUGGACGCUCGGAAAUUUGUACUGGCUGUAUUAGGAAGAAUGGGCUGCAUGCCAAGCAUCUUGGCUCAAAACCAGCUUGAUACCUGCUCAGAAGAAGUUAACCAGCUUGUUUUACCUUUCAAUUCAAAUGUGAAGAUGAUGAUCAACAAUCUUAAUGCCAAUCUUCCAGGUUCAAAAUUCAUUUACAUCGAUAUCACUAGAAUGUUUGAAGAUCUGUUAGUCAACUACAGAUCCUAUGGGUUUAGUGUUAUAGAUCGAGGAUGUUGUGAGAUCGGGCGAAACAGAGGACAAAUUACGUGUCUUCCAUUCCAAACACCAUGUCCAAACAGAGAUCAGUAUGUGUUUUGGGAUGCAUUUCAUCCAACAGAAGCUGUCAACAUUUUAUUUGGAAAGAAGGCCUUCUCGGGCGACUUAAGCAACGUUUAUCCCAUGAACAUACAGCAACUUGCCAAUCUUGACAUUGGACCCAAUUAAUAAGAAAUAAGAAUGAGAGCCAUGCCCAUG